AUGACUGUUGACAUCUACGAAAACCCCUGCGUGGCCCGCAUGAAACAUGGUCAUGCGACUCCGCCAGGUCUGCCCGAAUGUCGGACAACUUCUCACGGUUCGACACGAACGGUCGCGGGCCAAGCCGCGAAACAAGUUCUGUCCACGGAUCCAGGAAGACGGUGCGCCGCCUACACAGAGGGAACGGUCAUCUGUAUAUGUUUGGAUCCAGGCCACAUAUGGAAUACAGACGUCGGGACGAACAUCUUCUGGAAGCGUGAUACUGUGUCAAACCGACGGGGCGGUCUUGUGGAGAUCCAGCUUGAUGCCAACAUUGGUGUUCCCAUGUCGCCAGACAUCGCAUACCGCCCCUUCCACCUGAUCAAACAACAAUCAGCCGGGGCGAAAUGCCUUGGACCGGAGCAAGACCCGGCGCAGCCGAGCGCAAGCCAAGAGACGCCGGUGAGCUCCGAUUCAUCCGGGCAAGGCACCCGAUGGGUCGUCGUCUUUUCUUUUCUGGCCUUCUUGGUCCCAGCGAGGACUGCUCCUAUUGCCGCAGCCUGA